AAAAGGAGGGAGACGGGAGCAGCUGAGGGGCAGCAGGUGGCUUCUCCGAGAGAUUCAGUCCGUUUCAUGGGGGAAAAGCAGGUUUCUCUGAAGCGGUUUCCCUUGGGGAUCUUCGUUCUUCCCCCUUUGCGUUUCUUGAUUCAUGGUGGCGUGGUGUUUUUCUUCUGCAUCUGCAUGUCCAGAUAAAUUGAGCUGAAGGUUGUACAAGACAUAUUGCUAUGGAAGUCGCCAAGGAGGACAAAAAUGUUUGCAGCAAGGAAAUAUCAACAAUAUUAAUGAUUGAAGAAGUUUCUGAGGAACUGACUAGUGGAAUGGACAAUCCGUAUGCUGCUACCGAUAUCUCAAAGCUGUCUCCAAAGGCUAACCCAGCUUCAGCCCCUGAAUGUGGUGGUUCUGAAUUUGACAACAACAUGGCUUCGCUUCAUAACCAUCUAACAGCACACUUAUCAUUAUUUAGCUUGAAAGACACAUGGAUGAACAUGAAGGAGGUUGCUGCUUCUGCAGACAGGGAGGAUCCAACAGCCAUUCUUAGUUGUCCAUUGAAGACUGUUAACAAGGAUGCUAAUGAGGAAUUGGUAACAGAAUGGAGGCUUGGAAUGGGUGAUUUCCCCUUGGUGUCAUCAGAGUGUGGUGAUUCUUCGUGUGAGAGUUCUCUCAGCGAACGGUCAUCUAUGACGAGCAGCCCAUGCACAUCAUUCACAGCUCAUUCAGAUACCCGGUCUGAAGAUCUUGAAGGAGUAGACAUCUGGGUCUCAUCCUUGGAUCUUAACGAAGAAAACUCUGACUUGCUUCAAGAGAAUGAACAAGAUCUGGGAUUUCUAAGUUCUGAUUUCCCCAGCCCUUCAUUCAGUGCAGUGAGAAGCCUCCAAUUCUGCACUUCCAAUUUGACCCCAGCAAUAUCACAUACCAAAGAAGCCAAUGACUCUGAUGAGCCAAUAUUUUGGCCAUUUGAACGCACCUCAUACGACAGUCCUGAAUUUGAUAAAUUUCUGCUUGUAUCGCCACGUCGAAAUACAAUGGAUAUUGGGUUUACUGAAAUUCACCGGUUGAAUCCAAUCAUGCAGAGGCUUCAUAAGAACAGAUUAUCUUCAGCAAGGAAAAACGUCGAAUCACAUCAUGGAAGUGUCACUUUGGGUGCAAAAGGAAUCAAAUAUUCCUCCGGAGAUAAGGUUCAGAAGGCUAAUACAGCACCCUCCCGGCUGAACAGGACAACAAGAACACCCUCUAAGAGUCAAUCACCGGGCAACUGCGAGAAAAGAAAGCCAUCUCACUUGAAAAUCUCUCCUCCAGGAAAGGAUAAGCAUCCACAGUUGCAGUCAGGUUGCACUGUUCAAGAGCUUGAAGCAAGUGAUCUGCAAAAGCUAGCUGUCGAGAACAUUUUGAUCGAACAGUUCAUUGGGUUGAAUGAAUUUGAUGGCCACGAAGGUAUUGAUUCAGAUUCUUCGGACAACAAAUUAAGUCUCUGGCUAUCUUCAAGAUAGCCAGCCAGCCACUCAGAUACCAUGUACAAUCAGCCCAUUGUAUGCAUGCAACAAUCUACUGUUAAUGUUGUUCAUAUCUUCAUGUAUCACUGGCAUCUACUUGAAUAUAUCUGAAGCAAUCAACAGCAGUCAGCAGAUAGCCUGCUGUACCAUGUCACCUUACAUUAUAUUGGCACCUGUAGAAUGACAUUGCUAAUGAGGUUUUUCUGCAUAGGAUGAUUCAAUUUUAGCACCAAGAGUUCACAACUGGUUGUCAAUUGUUCUGUGAUUGGUCUCCUAUCAGUCUUGGCACUGAGCAGCCAAAUUUUCGCUGUUUUCGUGAUGCUGGAUGAACCUUUGUGAACUCCUACUGCUAUCUCUGAAGCAGAAUAUAAGUAAACAUGUAAGCUUCAGGUUGGAAGUUUUUCUGAACUUUCGGUUCCAAAUAACUCCCAAGAUAUACAUACAUGGAAGAGGAUGCUAGACCAAGAACAGUACAAUUGGCACUUGUAUUCUUCAGUGUUUUGUCGUCUGGUAUGUUGCUUGGCUGGUUGUGAACUGCUCUGAGUCCAGUCGAAAUUUCCAGGUGUACUUGAUUUUAGGUAGCAAAAGGAAAAAAUAGAAGUUGGAGUGUUGGACUUCAGUUGCUGCCAGACAAGCUCCCACAAGUCACAGGAACAUCUUUUGGUUGGAUACAGGACUGAUGGCUUGUGAGCCUCUGUUUUUCUCAUCAUCUGCAUAUCACUGUGGUCAGAUUAUGUUAUUGUUUGCAAGCUGACAAGAUUAUUAUGAUCCAGGUGUACAAUAAUUCAUAAAAAAGAGUUUAGAGUAGCUUGUUUGUGCAUGUAUGCAUGAAUAUAAACGGUAGGUAAAUUCCCAACCGUAUCGAUACCAUUUCCGUAUAAAUAAUAUAACAUGAUAUCUUCU